AUGGACUCAGGCAACCAUACCGAGUUUCUUCUUCAGGGAUUAUCAGAGAUCUGGGAAAUGCAGGUCUUCUUCUGUGUCCUCCUCUUGAUCUUCUAUGUCAUCAUUCUUCCUGGGAAUAUCCUCAUCAUUGUGACUGUUUUGAAAGAUCCCCAGUUGGGAUCCCCCAUGUUUUUCUUCUUGGGCAACCUGGCUUUGAUGGACAUUUGCUACAGCUUUGUCACCCCUCCAAAGAUGAUUGUCAACCUCUUCUCUGGAUACCAAACCAUCUCUUUCAAAGGCUGCAUGAUACAGCUUUUUUUCAUCCACUUUCUAGGUGGAGCUGAGAUCAGUCUCCUUAUUUCCAUGGCACUGGAUCGGUAUGUGGCUAUCUGUCACCCACUGUAUUAUGUAACUGUAAUCACCAAGCCAGCUUGCUGGGUUUUAGUGGUGGGUUCAUGGGCUGGAGGAUUCUUGCAUUCCAUAAUCCAGGUCAUUCUCAUCUUCCCACUCCCCUUCUGUGGUCCCAAUAAA